AUGCAAACUCUUUCCCGUGUUCGAUUGGGCGCUCUAGCGCCUAUGGCGCGGAGGUGCGUUCGCCCUGGUCUCCAGCCAUUCGCUAUCCCCUCGACUCUCAUGACUCGCCUUGCCUCGACCUCCAACUCCCGAAAGCUUGACCUCCCAGCCUUAGAUAAGAAAUGGCAGGCAAAAUGGAAAUCAGACGCAAAGUCAGCACAGUGCGCUACUCAAGAAACCACCGAAUCGAAACCGAAGUCCUAUAUCCUUUCCAUGUUCCCAUACCCCUCAGGGACAUUGCACAUGGGCCAUCUCCGAGUAUAUACGAUCUCAGAUGUUCUGUCACGAUUCUACAAGAUGCGCGGACAUGAUGUUCUCCAUCCUAUGGGGUGGGAUGCCUUUGGGCUACCAGCGGAAAACGCAGCGAUUGAACGAGGUGUGGACCCGGCGACAUGGACGGAGCAGAAUAUGGCAAAGAUGAAGGCUCAAUUAACGAGUAUAUCUGCCUCUUUUGAUUGGGAUAGAGAACUUGCGACCUGUUCACCCGAGUUCUACGAACACACACAACGGAUAUUCUUAAUGCUAUAUGAAAAGGGAUUGGCAUAUCAGGCAGAAGCUUUGGUCAACUAUGACCCCGUCGAUAAGACUGUGCUCGCCAAUGAGCAGGUUGAUGCCAAUGGCUUCUCCUGGCGGUCUGGAGCGAAGGUCGAGAAAUUGAAUCUCAAGCAAUGGUUCUUCCGAAUCACGGACUUUAAGGAAAUGCUUCUGAAAGACCUCGACUCGCUCACUGGAGGCUGGCCGGAUCGCGUGCUAUCUAUGCAGCGGAAUUGGCUUGGAAAGUCUAAUGGCGCAAAAAUUAGAUUUCCAGUUGCUGUUGAUGGCACCGGUGUACACGUUGACGUGUUUACUACACGACCUGAUACUCUGUAUGGCGUUGAAUAUGUGGCUCUAUCGCUUGAUCACCCGAUUGUCCUGAAUGCGGCGAGUAAAGAUGCCUCACUCCGCGAGUUUCUCGACACAGCAUCGUCUCUCCCGCCUGAUUCUAAGGCUGGAUACCGUCUCAAUGGUGUUGCAGCCAUUCAUCCCCUACUUAAAGUUGACAAAGAGAGCCCCCUUCUUGAAAGAAGUCUUCCAGUAUUUGUGGCUCCGUACGUUCUCAGUGACUAUGGCGAGGGCGCAGUCAUGGGCGUGCCAGGCCAUGAUACCAGAGACAUGGCGUUCUUCAAGGAAAAUGCGAACCCGGAGUCAAUUCCAAUUGUGAUCGAGUCAAAGCCAUCAAAUGCGAAUGAUUCCCAGGUUGUUGUCAACGUUGUCCCAGCCCAAGAUGCGAAGGCUUUUACCCAGGAGGGAUUUCUUACUUCACAAUGCGGGAAGUACCGAGGUCUGCAUUCCAAGGAGGCUUCGCAGCAGAUUGUCGCAGAUCUCAACAAGGAGGGACAGGCCAAAUUCGUCGAAAGCUGGCGACUGCGGGACUGGUUGAUCAGCCGACAGCGAUACUGGGGUACACCUAUUCCUAUCAUCCACUGUACGGAAUGUGGUCCCGUUCCCGUGCCAAAGGAAGAUCUGCCCGUGAAGCUACCCAAGAUUGAAGGUGGCUGGUUGAAGGGGAAGAAGGGAAAUCCCCUCGAGUCAUCUAACGAAUGGCUUCACACGGAUUGUCCUAGCUGUGGAGGCCCAGCGAAGCGUGACACUGAUACCAUGGAUACAUUUGUGGAUUCUUCUUGGUACUUCCUCCGUUUCCUGGAUGCGGCAAACAAAGAAGCUCCAUUCUCCCCUGCCGUCGCGCGACCGGUAGAUGUUUACAUUGGAGGUGUGGAGCAUGCCAUCCUGCAUCUGCUCUACGCUCGAUUCAUUUACAAGUUCCUUGCGCAGUCAGAACUAUUCCCAGCUAGCUCCGACAAGGACGCUAUCGCUGAGCCUUUCAAGAUGCUUCUUUCCCAAGGAAUGGUCCAUGGCAAGACUUUCACAGAACCAUCUACAGGCAGAUUCUUGCUCCCAGAUGAAGUGGAUCUCACCAAACCUGACAAGCCCCUCAUCAAGGGCACUCAGAUCAUCCCCAAUAUAUCAUUCGAGAAAAUGUCAAAGAGUAAGCACAACGGAGCCGAUCCUACGGUCUGUACAUCCAAGUGCGGUGCAGAUGCAGCCCGCGCACAUAUCCUCUUCUCAGCUCCUGUGAGCGAAGUCCUCGAGUGGGACGAGACCAAGAUUGUCGGAGUUGAGCGAUGGUUCGGUCGACUCUGGAAGCUCGUCAUUGACGCACAGCAAACCAUGACCGAGGCAUCUUUCAGUAUCCCGGCAGCUGAGCUGACAAGCUCUACUGGACACGCGAUGUCUCUGCCUUCAUCACUGCAGGACCUGAGUGACUCCGACGCGGACGCAGUUCUAGCGACACAUAACACCAUUUCCUCCGUCACUACCUGCAUCGAGAGUAACCCCUACGGCUUGAACACCGUCAUCUCUGAUUUAACAAAGUUGACAAACGCUCUAUCCUCAUCGCCUCCUUCCUCCCCUCUCGCUCUAUACCUGUCUAUCUCUUCUCUCCUCCGCCUCCUCGCACCAAUCGCACCCGCAUUAGCCUCUGAAUCUUGGGAGGUUCUACACGAGUCGGUUCUGAAGAACUCCGACGCUUCAGCUUCACUGUCCCCUAUUUUCUCCUGUCCAUGGCCCACUACUCUUUUGACUCCUGAACAAGCCGAAGCUCUUUCAACACGUGGUGGUCAAACAGUAGCUGUUCAAAUUAACGGAAAACUACGAUGUGCUGUGACCAUCCCUCGUUAUGCUAAUCCCGACGCUUCGUCCGCAAAUGGCAAGUCUGCAGCUCCUAGUAAGGAAGAGCAAGAUUGGAUUAUCAACGAAGUGCUUAAGACCACUGAAGGGAACUCGUGGCUGCGUGAAAAGAAUGAUUGGGAGAAGAAACGACGAGUGAUUGUUAUCAAAGGAGGCAAACUCGUCAACGUUGUGUUCUGA